AUGAGCCAGCUAAUGCAAAGAAAGCUCAGCUAUGCUGGACUUGGUUUGUAGUUCAGUCCUUAUGGUAGUAGUACUAACUCUACAUGUGGAGUCGAGACACAAUGUGAACAUCAGGAAAUAAGAAACUAUAAGCUGUGCUGAAUCAGGAUCUGCCUGCAUGAAACACUCAAGAACAGAAUCUCUCACAGUUUUAUGGCCAUAUAAGGUGCGUAGACACUAGAGCAGUGUGUGGCAGCAAACAUGGUUGUGGUCUAUUGUGCGACUUUAAAUUGCACAGCCGCUUAAACCAAAGCUCUUAAUGUGAGAAACGGAAGUGUGGAACUCUCCCCCCCCAUCUGUGACUUUACUCUGAGAGCGCUUUGCCCGUCAUACUCUGAACCACCGCAGAGUCAAGUGAGCCAUCUUUCAUCCAGCACUCUGGAAGAAUGAGGCUUCUUCAGCUGUUCGUAUUUGCGUCCUUCAUCUUCGCCGGUUGCAGUCAGGGACGGAUACCACAUGUGAGAGUUAUUUUAGGAGACCCGUUUACGCUUCCAGAAAACUGUCAGACCGAUGAAGAGGGUGAUCUGUACCGGCUUGAUCUUUACGGGACCCCCGAGGUGAAGGUGGCUGCCCACGAGCAAGGCGUGUGGACACCGACCGAGGUUUACCGAGAGCGCAUCGGUAACCACUCGUCGGUCGUGUUUAAUCCCGCAGUUUAUACCGAUACCGGCGUUUAUGAGCUACGAUGCGGCGCUCGGAGGGUGGAUGUUCAGGUCAAAGUUGUCAUGUCCUCUGAAAGAUGCGUCAGCGAGGGAGACGCGGUGAGCCUGUCCUGCUACUUUUCAACUACAGGGAAAGCGCGUUCGUCUGUGCGGUGGGAGAAAAACGGAGAAGACGUGUUAAAGCGGAAUUCCUGGGAAGACACCGGGGCUGCUGAGGGCAGACUGUCGCUGUCCCCGGAUUGGGUCUCACACGGAAACUUUUCUUUAACCUUGAAGCAAGCUCAGAAAGACGACCAGGGCGAUUACUUCUGCUACAUCCAAGAUGAAGUCGUGAUUGCUGUGAGGCUGACGGUCACCGGCCAGAGGAGCCCGGAUCAGAGCAGCAGCACCCGUCCUCCGUUUGUGCCUCCGGCACCGAGAGCCUGUGAAGAAAGUAGAAUUCUGCCUGCGGUGAUCAUUACAGCCGUGGUGUGUUUGCCUGUCGGCCUUUUGAUUGGCCGGUUAAUGACAUCAUGCUGCCCCAGAGGUGCCUCAUGCGGGCACUGUGGUGGACCCAAUGUAGCCUAGAUGGACCAUCAGAACCUCUCCUCUUCCUCCUCUUCAGCACAUCUGCCAGCAGCUGCCUCUCCUGCACAAUGCCAGCUUUUAUGAACGCGCUUUAGUGUUUAGUGUGCACUUUAAUAAUGCCAACGUUAGUCACAAAUGAUAACAAUGACCAUUCACAUAUGAUUUUAGAUUUGAUUUGUUUUAUUCUUAAAAUCUAUGCCUAUAUUUGUGUAUAUAUUUUCUAAAUAAAUAAAAAUCUCAUUGAGAUUCAAAUCUCAGUUUCAACAGAGACCAUCUGUACUAUCAUGGGCUUCAGUUUAUGUUAAAGGUUCAUCUUUCCAAACAGAAGCUUAAAAGACUAGAUAGAUAGAUAGAUAGAUAGAUAGAUAGAUAGAGGGGACAGUUCGGACAGAGGUACGAACUGGAAACAAUGAAAUAUGCAAUCCAUGAGGGAAGAUGAGGACAAAAAAGAACUCCAGCCAGACUGAGCUUCUAGAGGAGAACAGUUUGAGAACAAAAAAAGGAGCAAAGACAAUUCACUUCUUUAUAUUUUACUACAGAAAUCUUUGGUCUGAGGAUGUCUGCCAAAAAACACUGGCAAAUGUUUGCUCAUAAAUGUGUUGCUCAUAUUUUCACUGUUCACUGUGGGGAACACUUUUUGCCACGCCCAUGCUUGUUCUGACUCAGUGUGUCAGAAAAAGCAGCAAUUUCACCUCAUCAAACAAACUUUAGUUUCAGUGAGAUUCUGCUGAUUCAAAACACUACAGGUCACGUUGAACAGAAAAGUAAAAACAAAAACAACCCACACACAAUUACAAGCAUUUUGAGACAGGAUUUGAAAGUGGAGUUGUGGUUAUGGCUGCCUGGUGGGAAGGAGUGGUGGAGGCGAGGAGCGGGGCACCUGAAGACUUUCGUAGUCUUAGUAGUAGUAGUAGUUGGAGGUAGUUAAAUGGGAGGAUGGCACAAUAACAUGGAGAAGACUGGUUUGCAGGAGGACUAAAAACACAC